GCGCUGGGAGCUGUGGGGUCCGGGACUGGAGCAGCCUGAGCGAGUUUGUGUCCUGGAGGCUGAGCGCUGGCUCUGCUGGUGCUUUUUUAGCUGGACGGCCGAGAUUUGCAGCCAGACCCCAGGGCCGCCUGUUGCUGCUGACAGGAGUUUGGGGAGGAAAACUCUUCAGUAACCCGAAGGAUUUCCUCCUCGGAGAAGCAACAACGAAAGACUAGCAGGAAGAAAAGGGCACUUUCUGCCUAUCUGGAUCGCAGCGCAGGAGGGCAGUGCCAUGCUCCUCUCCCUCCUCGUGGCGUUGUGCCUGUGGCUGCGCCUGGCGCUGGGCGUGCGCGGCGCGCCCUGCGAGGCGGUGCGCAUCCCCAUGUGUAGGCACAUGCCCUGGAACAUCACGCGGAUGCCCAACCACCUGCACCACAGCACACAGGAGAAUGCCAUCCUGGCCAUCGAGCAAUACGAGGAGCUGGUGGAUGUGAACUGCAGCGCCGUGCUGCGCUUCUUCCUCUGUGCCAUGUAUGCGCCCAUCUGCACCCUGGAGUUCCUGCAUGACCCUAUCAAGCCGUGCAAGUCCGUGUGCCAGCGCGCGCGCGACGACUGUGAACCCCUCAUGAAGAUGUAUAACCACAGCUGGCCCGAGAGCCUGGCUUGCGACGAGUUACCAGUCUAUGACCGUGGGGUGUGCAUCUCGCCAGAGGCCAUAGUCACCGACCUCCCGGAUGAUGUGAAGUGGAUAGACAUCACACCAGAUAUGAUGGUGCAGGAACGGCCCCUUGAUGUGGACUGUAAACGCCUAAGCCCUGAUCGGUGCAAGUGCAAAAAGGUGAAGCCAACUUUGGCAACAUAUCUGAGCAAAAACUACAGCUAUGUUAUUCAUGCCAAAAUAAAAGCUGUGCAGAGGAGUGGCUGCAAUGAAGUAACAACAGUGGUGGACGUAAAAGAGAUCUUCAAGUCCUUGUCACCCAUCCCUCGAACACAAGUCCCGCUCAUUACAAAUUCCUCCUGCCAGUGUCCACACAUCCUGCCCCACCAAGAUGUUCUUAUCAUGUGUUACGAGUGGCGCUCAAGGAUGAUGCUUCUUGAAAAUUGCUUAGUUGAAAAAUGGAGAGAUCAACUUAGUAAAAGAUCCAUACAGUGGGAAGAGAGGCUGCAGGAACAGCAGAGAACACUUCAGGAUAAGAAGCGAACUGCCGGACGCACCAGUCGUAGUAAUCCACCAAAACCAAAGGGAAAACCACCUGCUCCCAAACCAGCUAGCCCUAAGAAGAAUAUUAAAGCUAGAAGUGCCCAGAAGAAAACCAACCCCAAAAGAGUGUGAGCUGACUGCUGUCCUAAAUGGAGACUUCCUUACUGAUGAGGCCAGGCCUUGCCUGGGACAGCCUGUGUAAGGCCACAUACCCCUUGCCUUAACGACUCACUGCAGUGCUCUACAUAGACACAUCUUGCAGCAUUUUUUCUUA